AUGGAGUCCGAUGGUUGUUUCCAAUUAUUACCAUCAGAUCAUGGUGCCAAACUAGACCUAUUAACGAAAGUCUACACCAUAGCUGAAGCUGAGACCUACUUUCAGAAAUUAUCCAGCAGUGCUUCAAAGAGGGCUGCAGCUUUUCCUCUUCUCCAUUCUUAUGUAAAGGCAAAAGACUUGCAAAAAUCAGAAGCCCUCAUGUAUAUGCUGCAGAACUCUGGGUUGGUUGUGGAUCCUCACCCUUUUAAUGAGUUGAUGAAGCUGUACAUAGCCACAGGCGAGAUUCAAUCCGUAAUUAAAGUAAUUCAGUAUAUGAAACGGUCUAAAAUCCCUCUAAAUGUACUUUCAUAUAACCUUUGGAUGAAUGCAUGCGGUAUGUUAUAUGGCAUCAUGUCAGCAGAGACGAUGCUUAUGGAGAUGACAAAUGACAAGAAUGUUGAGGUUGGUUGGAGCGCCUACUAUACUUUGGCAAAUAUAUACACAAAUGCUGGAAAUCACAAGAAGGCACAUGAUGCCCUUGCUCUUGCUGAAGAGAAGCUUUCUAUGCGGAAGCCGCCUCGAAACUAUGAUAUUAGGGUUUCCAAUGUUCUUCUAGCAGCUUACAUGAGGAAUGGAUGGAUGGACAAAGCUAAGUCAUUGCAUCUUCAUACAUUGGAGAAAGGCGGUCACCCAAAUUACAAGACAUGGGAGAUUCUCAUGGAGGGUUGGGUCAAAACCACACAGAUGGAUAGAGCUGUGGAGGCUCCUUUAAGGCUCUAA